AGUGGACCAUUUGUUUUAAUAAAACGUGUAUCUAAUCCACUCUCAAAUUUCAUCAAACAAACCUAAUAUAAAAACAAGUGAAUUAAAUUAAAUUAGUCAAUUUUAAAAUGAUAAUUUAUAAAUAAUAUAACAACCCAGUGUCUGAUAAAUGUCUCUGAUAUUAUUGAUGAUUUACGCAGCUCAUUUGCAGCUUCACACUCUGUUAAUAUUCUCGCAUUAAUUUUAUCAUUAAAUAAAAUUAAAAAAUAUAAUAUAUAGAAAAUUUUAAACAACAUUUUUUAAAUUAAAUCAUCAAUAGAUUUACGUUUAUUUCUUAAUUUUUAAACAUGUGUUUAUUGCGUCGUCUUUUUUAUGUAUAAUGAAUAUGGAAAAGAAAUAAAAAGUGUCACGUCUUUGACCUUGUUUAUCUGAUAGACAUUAUUAUCUUGAAUUUAAAAGAAGGAGAAUGUUCGAGUGGGAAUGUAAAUGAUAAAAACAUUUGUGUGUUAUUAAAUACGACAAUGUAAUCAGAGAAACAGAUGUUUAUUUUCUUAUUGUUUUUCGAUAUUUUCAUUCAACCAGGAAAUAUUACGUUAUAACUAGAAUAAGUAAUAUAAUUUUUGCUUUUUAAAUUAUGCUUGUGUAAAUAAAGUAGUUUAGCUUUUUUAUGAUAAGGAUAUGGUGAUAGUGUGACAACAUUCCAAGUUGCUAUUAUAAUUAUUAAAAAUAAUUUCAAGAUAGAAUUUUUAUGAUGGAGAUUAAAGGACGUGUUGCACUUGUUACUGGAGCAGCAACUGGAAUUGGAAAAGCUUAUGUUGAAGAAUUGCUAAACAAUGGUGCAUCAGUAUCAAUAUGUGAUAUUAAUGCUGAAGAGGGUGAUCAAUUAGCAAGAAGUUUAUCAUUAAGACAUGGUAAAAAUCGUAUUUUAUUUUGUCCAUGUGAUGUUACUGAUUAUCCUCAAUUUGAAGAAUCAUUCAGAACGACAAUUGCAACAUUUGGUCGUUUGGAUAUUGUUAUAAAUAAUGCAGGAAUAAUGAAUGACAGAUUUUGGGAACUUGAAGUUGACAUUAAUCUUAAUGGUGUAAUAAGAGGAAUGUUACUGGCUCAAAGAUAUCUUGGUAUUGACAAGGGUGGUCGUGGUGGAGUUGUCAUAAAUACUGGCAGCAACACAAGUCUUGAUCCAUAUGUUAGUGUGCCAAUUUAUUCAGCAACAAAAUCAGCAAUUGUCAGUCUCACAAGAGCUUUUGGGGACAAAUAUCAUCUUGAUGCAACUGGUAUAAGUGUCAUGUCAAUAUGUCCAAGUGCAACAAACAGUGAUCUUGUUCGUGACAUUGGAAAACAAUUACUUGUUCCACGUUAUGAAGAUGCAUGGCGUCGUGAUACAGCAUCAUGUGUUAUUCAAAAAGCUGAACAUGUUGCCAAAGCACUUAUUCAUGUUUUGAAUAAUGGAAAAAGUGGAAGUGUUUGGCUUGUUGAAAAUGGACAACCAGCACGUGAAGUAAUCAUGACAAAACAAUAAAUUAUCUGCGCAUACUUAAAAAAUAAUAAUAUAUUAAUUAUAAUAAAUUUUCAUACCGUCUUGUAAACGCACAAAAAAAAAUUUAUCAAUAAUAUAUAAGAUACAUAAUAUACUUAAUCAAUUUUAAAAGAAAAUUUUUGUUAUACAAAUAAAUUUACAAAUUAAUUAUGUUUAGUUUUUUAUUUUAUUUUUUAAGUGUUUUUAUAUUUUAUAAUAACAUAUUGUGAUAUAAAUAAAAAAAAAAAAUAAAAUAAAAUAUCAUUGUAAUCGAAAAUAUUAAUAUAAAAUAAUAUUUUAUAAUUUUUUUUUUUUUUUUUUUUUAUUUGAAAAUAAUAAAAUUAAAAUGAAAAAUAAAU